AUGCCAGCUGAGGAGCCGAACGGCGCCGCCGCGCCGGCAGCAGCAACUGGAGACUCCCCGUUGCUGAACCUCCCCUACGAGAUCCGGCUCCAGAUAUACGGCUGGGUCCACGCAAUGCACCCCAUCCAGCACGCGCAGCUGGCCCCGUGGUACCCGACUCCAACAUACAGUUCGUACUUCCUAAAGCUUGUCAGGCCGGACGCAGCUGAGGAUCCUGGAGUAAAGCGACCUACCGCCGCCGCCGAUGGCGCGAACGACGUCGAUGACGAUCCCCGGAAGAAGGAAGCCCGAAAGGCCGCCACCGCCGACGAAGAGGACAAGGCGAUGCUGUCCCCUCACCGACCGCUCUGCGGCCUACCGUCCGCGCUCCUCCGCACCUGCCGCCAGAUCUACGAGGAAACGCGCACGCUUCCGUUCCGCAACAACGAGUUUGUGUUCGUCAACUGGUUCUCCUCGGGUCUCUGGGCGGCGCGGGCCUUCACUCGGGGCCUGCAAAGGUGGCAGCGGGACGAGAUGCGGUACACGCGGCUCGAGAUGCUGGGGCGGGACUUCACGGGCCCGGCGCUCAAGGAGUGGGUGGAGCUAUGCGGGUGCUGGGCGGGCGGGCUUCGGGGCCUGCGGCUCAAGAUUCUGAUCGGAGGUGGGAUAUUCGAGCCCACCGCUUCGUUUGCCUCGCUGAACAACAAUGCAGAGGCGCAAGCCAUGGACAUUUCCAAAUUUCCGGAGCCGAGGCCCGAGUGGAUCGAGGAGGGUCUGCGGAGGAUGGGCAGGCUGAGGGAAUUGGAGGUCGAGCUCUGCGUGCUUGACUGGGACGAUGGGCAGAAGAUUGCAUGGUGUGAGUCUUUGGAGACGAUUCUCAACGAGGGGCGGGAGGGCGGCGAGGUGCGUGUGAGAUGUGUCGAGAGGCUGAUGGAGGACCGUGGGCCGAAGAGGGAGAUUGUCGGCGAGGGGGAGAAGCAGGAUGGGAGUUGGGAGUCAUUGGGAGCUGGGAAAGGAUACCAGAAGGGAGUCAAGAUGGUUGGUCACGUUACGAGAGGUCUCACCUUCGCUCAGCGCUCCUACGAGUGCCUCGAGAUGGACUACACCUACGCCUGGCCCCUUCCGGUCCGGCUUUUCGCUGUCUUCUUUAUUACGGCCUUGUUCGCCAGCAUGCACCCUGAUGUCAACGCCUUCACUAAGCGUGUUGUCUGGAUGGGCGUCCACCCCUUUGCCCUUCUCGUUGGCUACAUCACCGCCGCCAUUGUCCGUGGUCUCCUCUUCAUCUUCAUUGAUGGCCCUGAGAUGCUUGUCAACCUCAUCACUCGUCACCGUAACCGUGAUCUCGACGUCCUUGACAACCUUGACGUUGAGAACAACACCAAGCUUAAUGCCAUCAUGGGCCGCCUCCACGCCACUGCCCCCGAGGAGUGGACCCCUGGUGGCCGCGUCUUCGACAAGAAGUACAAGCCCUUCUUGCCCGCUGAGAAGAUGAACUUUGCCGGUCCCCGCCAGAAGAACGCCAUGACCCGCAAGCGCAACCUCUCUGUCUGA